AUGACCAAUCGUUCUCUUGGAAAGGACAAAGCUCCGAUUUGCAUAGAGCUCCACAAACCUCCCUUGGACCCAGCUUUUGAGGAAGAAAUGAAGAUUGUUCGGUAUGCCAUGCUGAUAUCCAAAGUCAAAACCAUCCUCGAGAAGGAACAUCAAAAUGAUCCUAACCGUAGUGUCAGUGGAUUGAAAGAUGAGCAAGGCCAAGAGAUUGACACGACCGAAGAUGAAGAAGACGAAGACAGAGAUGAUGAUGUCGAGGAUGCAGAUGACGAAAACGAUGACAAUGAUGAUGACAAUAAUGAUGAUGACAAUGAUGGUAACAAUGGAGCAAAUCUAAUGUAUGACAGUCCAUCUCCUCUCUUAAAAUCAUCUUCCAAUAGUGAUAGCACAAGGGAAACAUCACAACAAGAUGAAGACGUCUCAACUAAUCAUCCUGAAGAUCUGUCUCGAGCUCUCGUUCCACAUGUUCAACCCAUGGACGAAACUCCAAUAAAACGAGAGGAGGCAGUUGUAAAUGAGGGCAAACUGGAAGCCUCCCCAAUCCUCCUAAGUUCGGGAAGUGGUGGCAAAAGGGAUGCACCACUUCAAGGAGACCAAGUUGAGACUCCACAAACCAACAUAGAAGAAGACUCUCCCCCAGUCUCUCCACGAGUAGUCAUGAAUCUCAUGAGGGAAACCGUCCAUGCAGCCGAAACCAUACACCAGCAGUACUUAAUUCUAAGGCAAAGAGACACCAAGGUCUUAGAAGAUUUGUCCAAGAAAGUGGAUCAGUUGAUGGCUGCACAAGCUCAACCUCGACCACCACCACCUGAACCAUCUCAACCUCCACCGCAAGACCAUCCUGACAAACAAUUUCACAAGCGGGUGGCCAAGGAGCUCCAUGAACUUCACACUGCUGUCAACAAAGUGGCUCGUCAACAGCACGAACUCAAGCAUUCUCACUUCAGUCUUAAAUAA